UUCAAAAUGGAGUUCCCCAAAUGUAUAUUACGUUUUAUUUAUAUUUCUCUUCUCGUAUUUCGUGUACCGCUAAUAACGACCGUCACAACACCAUUGCCUCCAACGAUCGAAUCUACCGUCGUGUCCACUGUCACCGAUUUGAGUACGACGGAGGACGAGGACAAGGUGGAGAUACCAAUGGUGCCGCUGACCGAACAGGUUAUGGACCACAACAUACGAGUGAGCGACGUGCCCGACGUGGAUCCGGAGGCGACGAACGUGCCGGAUUCUAGCUUGGACACGAACCGGGUGAUCCGCGACGUGGCGUAUUUUAUUCGCGCCCACAAGUUUCAUGACUACGAUCAUCGGUAUUACAAGAGCCCAGAGGAGGCUGAGAGCAGACUGUACGAAGAAUUCCCGAAACCCGGUUUAAGAUCGCUGCACUGGGAGGUGCGUAAGCAUUGUGAGGCGAGUUUCGUCGAGUGUCUCAAGUAUCUCGAAAGGACCAUUAGGCUUACGGCCCUCAGGCGCGAGGACGACACUAUCACGGUCAUGAGGGAGCAAAAGUGGAACCUUGUGAACAAUUCCGAACAGAUUCUGGCCGCUCAAAGGGAUUGUCAGAUAGCCCAAAGGCGGGACAAUAUCACCGCAGUUCCGUUUCAGGGUCCAAUCGAACGCUUCCAAUGGCGCACCACCGUCAGCUAUUAUAUGUGCUGGUACACGAUGUUGGGUGUCCCGGACUUAGCUACCUUCGGCGAGCCCUGUGACAAUCAUGCCAACUGUCUUGAUGAAUACGGUGUUCAUAACAAGGAUCCACGGGCAGACGACACGAAACCGUACGCCUGCGCCCUGUACAGUUUCUGCCCUGACCAUUGUUGUCCCAUGAAGUACAUCCGGUACAUGAAAGACUGUUACCAGUCGCAGAGAAACCCUUGCUACGCUGAGAAUCAACCAGCGCAUCGAAAAUGCACAUUAAAUCGGAAUGAGAAUCGCGACUUCCAGGCACUCAAGACGAAUCAGAUUAACGUGAGCUGCGAAUGUCAUCAACGCGGUUAUGAGUGGUCUUCCAGAUUCGGACUGUGCGUCGACGUAAACGAGUGCGUCCGAGGCACACACAAUUGUACGCGGAAUGCUGGUGAGAGUUGCCUAAAUCUGCCCGGUCGUUACGUCUGCGUCUGCCAACUUGGCUACAUCUAUAAUUCGAAAGUAGGACAAUGCGUUUACAGCCAGGCUAUCAAUAGAGUGUUAAAGGGUUACGUGAAAGAACCGGAGCCCGUAAAAACAAGAAGUCUAUUCACCAAGAUCGUCCAAACCAUUACCAGAUCUGGAAGUGGCUAUAUACGUAGCGACAGAAUUAGUAUAUUGUUCUUGUGUUUUAUAGUGUCAUAUAAAUCUAUCUGCUUUCUUAAUUUAAUUUAGGAAUUAUAAACAUUAAUCUUUCUGAUAUAAAUUAAUUAUAAAUUAGAUGUAUACUUUAUACAAAGAUAUGUUCGUUUGUAUCAUAUAAAUAAAUAUAUAUAAUAUAAAUGUA